UUCCCCCGGUGGCAGACGCCGCCGCUGCACACACGGGUCCCGCGCCGCGCCGUCUGCUCCCUGCACGUCCUCCCCUCCCCGCCCGCGCCCGCCGCCAUGGACGGGCCCGCCGAGCCCCGGACCUCGGGCCUGUGGGGCACCUACGAGAACAACAUCUCGGAAAUCGGACAGAAGCUGUCGGGCGAAUACUUCCGGUACAAAGGCAUCCCCUUCCCCGUGGGCAUCUACUCCCCCGAGAGCAUCAGCAUCACGGAGAACGCGGAGGUGCAGGACGACGACAUCUUCAUCGUCACCUACCCCAAGUCAGGCACCAACUGGAUGAUCGAGAUCCUCAGCUUGAUCGUCAAGGACGGGGACCCCUCCUGGAUCCGCUCGGUGCCCAUCUGGAAGCGGGCGCCCUGGUGUGAGACCAUCAUGGGAGCCUUCAGCCUCUCGGACCAGUCCAGCCCCCGCCUCAUGAGCUCCCACCUCCCCAUCCAGCUCUUCACAAAGGCCUUCUUCAACUCCAAGGCCAAGGUCAUCUACAUGGGCCGGAACCCCCGGGACGUGGCCGUGUCGCUCUAUCACUACUCCAAGAUCGCCGGGCAGCUGAAGGACCCCGGCACCCCUGACCAGUUCCUGCAGAACUUCCUCAAAGGCGAAGGACCUCCCCGGCUCCGUGCAGCGUGUCUGCCAGUUCCUGGGCCGGCAGCUGGGCGAGGAGGCGCUGGGCUCCGUCGUGGCUCACUCGGCCUUCGAUGCCAUGAAGGCCAACACCAUGUCCAACUUCUCGCUGCUGCCCCCCAGCCUGCUGGACCAGCGCCAUGGUGCCUUCCUCCGGAAAGGGGUCUGCGGAGACUGGAAGAACCACUUCACGGUGGCGCAGAGCGAAGCCUUCGACCGCGUCUACCGCGAGCAGAUGCGGGGGAUGCCGACCUUCCCCUGGGACGAGGACCCCGAGGAUGCCAGUCCGGACCCCGAGCCCAGCCCCGCACCCAGCCCCAGCCCAGACCAGGCCUCCGAGCACCCGCACCCGUGACCCCGAGAAUAAACGCAUCGCUCCUGCGCCGGCUCCUCGAUGUGCUGUGGCGGUGGCAUACCGCGGGCGGGCGGCAGGGGGCGCGCGAGGCCGGGCGGGGACCCUUCACCCGCACCAGGGCCUCCCGAGGGCGGGGUCCUCUUCCCCACCUGGCGCCCCGAUGGGGUGGGUGACUCAGAAGCCCCAUA